AUGCUUUCAGUCACAUUUUCAUCGCGCCAGAUGAAAGGACUAUUGGUGACAUUCAUCACAUUGAUGAGCACCACACCGAAUUCGAUGUCAACACCACUGCAAGACGACCAAGGACUUGUCCGCCGGAAGAUGGGACAGGAACAUACCAUUGAGCAUAUCCUUGUGAACAUUAAGGGGUGUCCUGGCGGUGUCUGUGGCAAACUAGGUUGGUACAUUUCAGCAGUCUUCCACAUAAGUCUUAGUCUUCAUUUGACUUGGGAUGGGUUUUUGACAGCUGGAAGUGUUUCCGGAGUCCUCUUGGCCGGUGCAAAACCAUGCGCUGCACAAGAUUUAGCCGAUAAGUUGAUCGACGAAGCAAGACAAAACCCUGAGAUCAAAGAACAAAGAAUGAAAGAUGAAAUCAUAGCAUUUGCUAAGAUUUUGUGUGCUGCCGAAAAGAAUACACCACCGGAUUAUAAGAUUCCACCUCAUCAACCUCUUAGUGCGGUCUACUGUCUUGAUCCCCCUAAAAACCCAGAAUUGAUAGGUUUGUACACCACACAAGAUCCUGGAAACAAUGCCUCAGCUUUCUUUGAUCCAGUCAAGAAGAUAACAAUUCUUGCAGGAGCUCCUGGAACUGUUAGACCUUCAAACGCUAUCUCCCUGAAUGCCAACUCAUCUUCCUCAACCUCCUCAACCUCCUCAAAUUCCUCAACUUCCUCGACCUCCUCGACCUCUUCAACUUCCUCCAAACCUCCUACAUCAACUACAGAGAAUACUGCUUCAACUACCAAGGAUGUCACUGCAAAGAUAGAUGUAUCAGAACUCUCAAAGUGUUCGAAUCCUACAAUCGUUUAUGCUGCUGGUCAAGAGGGCAGGAGCAAAACGGAAUUCACUUAUGGACCGGCUAACAAAGACAACUUUCCACAAGGAAUAGCGUUGGAUAUCGGAAUCGUAACCCAAGCUAUAUGCGAAAUUAUCCUCAAGUGUGUUAGGGAAGCUGGAAAAGGAAAAGAUGACGAUUCGAAAGGAACCGUCAAACAAUGUAAAGCACUUCAGGCACAGAUUGGACAUGUGAAAGGGGAUGGUAGCGCAGCUGAUAAAUGGAAUGAAGCUGUUUGUUCAAAUUCUCUUCUAUCAUCUUGUUUGAAAACUUUCAUAUGA